CCUCAACCGCUCCAGCUCCUCAAUAACCUUGGGCAACACCUCAUCGGCCCUCACACUAACUCUGACCGCAUUGCUCCCCGCUCCAUCUUCGACAGCAUCAGUAUCGAAGAACCCUUCCUCCCCUCUCACUCCACCAACAUUCAAGAUCCCCACGGGCAUCCCGCGAUCUCGCGCCCGCUUGACUAGGCGCCACGCAGAGUACGUUGCUAGACUACUCCCGAUGACGAGAAUGCGGCCUGCGGCGUCGACGGCGCAUUCGGCUUCUAUUUUCCGAGGUGAAGGAAUGGACUCGCCGAACAUUGUUACAGAAGUGGACGCCGACGAAGAAGAGGCAGAAGGAGGUGGCGUAUAAGCGCCGUCCUGAUCCGUAUAACAAGCCACAGAGGAUGGUGAUGCCGCCGCCGCCGAAGCAGAAGAGGAACAAGUCGGGCAAGCCGGAUACCGAAAAGAAUCAUACCUCGCUCCCGGAACAUCGACGUCGCCAUCCGGAUUCGUCUUGAGGCCCAGUUUCUCGCGUUGUUUGGGAUCCUCAACAGCCAACGCGCCGCUCGCUAGCAUUUCGUCUAGGAACACCGCCCAUGAGGGGUUGAGACGGCGUAGAUCGCGUUGGAAGGAGGAUCGGGCGUAUUCGGUGCCGCAGGUUAGGCAGGUUAGGGUGCGGAGGUAGCCGUGGAGUUCGGUGGUAGGGAGAUGAGGGUGGGAUGUUGGGUGGAAGGAGUCGACGUUUUGAGUUAUAAGGUGUUUUGAUACUCCCAAUCCCUCCUUUCUUCCUUCUCCUUCUCUGGUUGACGAUUGUGAUGGCGGUGAAGGAGAAGAAGGACCUAACCGCCCCACAGCUUCAUGCGCAACAUUCGGUUUCGCUUUCGCCAGAUUCUCCCACCCAAGAAAAGAUCGCGCCCAGUACCUUUUCCUGGCCUCAUGGCUUGCGCAGAACUCGUGGAAGUAUACGGGUCGGUAUUUGCGGUUGAGAGUGUAGGUACCGUUGGUACCACGGUAGUCAGCAAGGCCAGAGGCAACGGAUAUACCAGCACCCGUGAGGAUGAGCGUGCUGCGUACAUCUUGGUUACGGUUUGGGCGAGAAGUAGCGAGUGAUGGUUGGAGGAAGCGGACGAGGGCUUCGAUGGCUGCUUCAGGGGUUGUUGCUGAGGCGGGGAUGAGGCGUGGUGCUGGGAAGGGGUCGGUGUAGGGCACUCGGAGAAGCGGUGCGCGUGGGGGAGGCAUUGUGAUAUC